AUGCUGACAGUAUUUUCUACGUUGUCUUUAUGGAGAGUUGGUGCGACAUUGGGUUCGACUGGGAUUUUACUUGGAACUUACGGAAGCCAUGGUUUAAAGAAAGUCGAUCCUGCAUUGCUAAAGAAUUGGCAAACAGCCGUGAACUACCAAUUCAUUCAUGCUCUCGCCAUUCUCUACCUUUCUAACGCGCGUCACCCGAUCACUGAUCGACCUCCAUUACUUGCUGGAACUUUGAUGACCGUCGGGACUACAAUGUUCUCAGGAACCUUAUAUCUGAAGGUCUUGUCAGAUAAAGCGAGGGCUUCUCGAAUUUUGGCCCCGGUUGCGCCGUUAGGCGGUUUAUUGAUGUGUGCGGGAUGGGCUUUUCUAUGGUUUUGA